AUGCUUCAUUUCGGUGCUUUAUUGGCGCUUUUGGGAGCUGCCACCGCUCAAUGCCUGAAUGGAUACACGUUGUUUGGCAAUGACUGUUUUACAGUGAAAACCCAAGCCCUAACUUGGGCCCAAGCGGAGGCGACUUGUCGAGAUGAUGGUGGAAAUCUCGCCUCAUUCCACGACAAUUUGGGCUAUUGGGAGAUCGAGAUUUACGCGGGUACAGCACGCACUGGACAGCCACUGUACACUACUACCUCUUUCUCUCCAUUCAACGAGACUUUAAAGCUUUCUUCCUCUACUCCACAGUUCUACAUCGUGUUACAAGUCGAGCAGAACAAUGACGUGAAUCCAUUUGUGAUCACUUACUCGGGAACAGAUCAACCUCUCUAUCCAAUUCCAACUCAACUUCCAAGAGACGAUCCCUUAUCCACUUUUGCCAGGACAGGGAAGAAUACCCAGAAGAAAUACUUU